AUGGCGACGCCUAAUGUAACAUGCCCAGCACCUAUGAAGGCAACGUCCAAUGGGGCCUUUCAAGAUGAAAACCCACUCGAUUAUGCGCUGCCAUUGUUAAUCCUCCAAAUAUGCGUGGUGGUUGCAUUUACCAGAGUUCUUGCAUUCCUUUUGAGACCCCUCAAACAACCCAGAGUCAUUGCAGAGAUCAUUGGAGGAAUACUACUUGGACCAUCUGCAAUUGGACGAAGCGAGAAAUUCCUGAACACAGUUUUCCCAAAGAAAAGCUUAACUGUACUUGAUACACUAGCCAACAUUGGUCUUUUGUUCUUCUUGUUUCUAGUGGGUCUUGAGCUUGACAUGCGUUCUAUCCGUCGUACUGGACAUAAGGCCUUAGGAAUUGCCCUUUGUGGAAUCACUGUUCCUUUUGUUCUUGGCAUUGGCACAUCUUUGGUUCUUAGAGCAACCAUAUCCAAAGGUGCUGAGCCAAUUCCCUUCCUUGUCUUCAUGGGUGUUGCUCUCUCAAUCACAGCAUUUCCCGUCCUUGCUAGAAUCCUAGCUGAGCUUAAACUCCUCACCACUGAUGUUGGACGCAUUGCAAUGUCAGCUGCUGCUGUCAAUGAUAUUGCAGCUUGGAUACUUCUUGCUCUUGCUAUAGCCUUAUCUGGCUCCGACACAUCCCCUCUUAUUUCUCUAUGGGUUUUGCUAUGUGGUGCUGCUUUUGUCCUCUUUGCUGUCUUUGCCAUUAGGCCAUUGCUUGCAGCUAUGGCUAGGCGUUCCCCUGAGGGUGAGCCAGUGAAGGAGCUCUACAUAUGUAUCACAUUGACACUAGUUUUGGCUUGUGGUUUUGUCACGGAUACUAUUGGAAUUCAUGCCCUCUUUGGGGCUUUUGUGGUUGGCAUUAUUAUGCCCAAAGAGGGUCCCUUUGCUGGGGUGUUGAUUGAGAAGAUAGAAGACCUUGUAUCUGGCCUUUUCCUGCCACUCUAUUUUGUGUCUAGUGGUUUGAAGACAAAUGUAGCAACUAUUAGUGGAGGAGUUUCUUGGGCACUGUUAGCACUUGUUAUAUUCAAUGCUUGCUUUGGAAAGAUCAUUGGCACAGUCGUCAUAUCAUUAUUAUGCAAGAUGCCUUUUAGAGAAGCCCUGGCACUUGGAUUUCUCAUGAAUACCAAGGGCUUGGUAGAGCUCAUUGUUCUCAACAUUGGAAAGGAUCGCAAGGUACUGAAUGACCAAUCAUUUGCCAUCUGUGUUCUUAUGGCACUGUUUACCACAUUCAUCACCACCCCAAUAGUGAUGGCUGUGUAUAAACCAGCUCGCAGAGGAGCACCUUACAAGCAUAAAACAAUUCAGCGCAAAGAUCCUGACACAGAGCUCAGAGUGCUAGCAUGCUUCCAUAGCACCCGCAACAUUCCCUCCUUAAUCAAUCUCAUAGAGUCUUCUCGUGGAAUCAGAAAGAAAGGAAGACUUUGCAUAUAUGCAAUGCACUUGAUGGAACUCUCGGAGAGGUCUUCAGCCAUCACAAUGGUUCACAAGGCACGCAACAAUGGCUUACCCUUCUGGAGCAAAAAACAAGAUGACCAAGAUCAAAUGGUGAUUGCUUUCGAGGCUUAUGGUAAACUGAUUAGUGUCAAUGUACGCCCUAUGACAGCAAUCUCUGCUCUCAGCAACAUCCAUGAAGAUAUUUGUACUAGUGCUCAUCAAAAGCGUGCAGCCAUGAUUAUCCUCCCAUUCCACAAACACCAGCGUGUUGAUGGAACUAUGGAGUCACUAGGACACUCAUUCCAUGUAAUGAAUGAGCUUGUGCUAAGCCAUGCUCCUUGCUCAGUGGGAAUUUUGGUUGAUCGUGGUCUUGGAGGUACAAGCCAAGUCCAAGCUAGUGAUGUUUCCUAUAAGGUAGUUGUACCCUUCUUUGGAGGACGUGAUGAUCGUGAAGCACUUUCUUAUGGUAUGAGAGUAGCUGAACACCCAGGGAUUUUGCUCACUGUGGUUAAGUUCAUAGCUCCACCUGGGAAGACAUUGGCCUUUGGUGCUAAAUUGGUUGCAGUAGCAUCAAACAAGGACAAGAAAGUAAUAGUGGAUGAGAUAACUGGUAGUAACAUUGAUGAAAAAGAACAGGAUGAUCAAUUGUGGAGUGAGUUCUUAAGUGCAAGAAGCAACAAUGAAGAGUCAGUUAAGUAUGAGGAAAGGUUGGUGGAAAGCAAUAAUGAUAUAAUGACAGCAUUGAAGGAAAUGAAUAAGAGCACUCUAAUAUUGGUUGGUAGAAUGCCAGCAGUAGCACCUUUGGUUAGCAAAAGUGAUUGCCCAGAGCUUGGACCUGUUGGAAGCUAUUUGGCUUCUUCAGAUUUCUCAACAACAACAUCAGUUAUGGUAAUUCAGCAAUAUAAUCCAACAACUGAUAUUCAUCCGCUAGUCAUGGAGGUAUCUGAUUUCCAAGAUAUGCCAGACACACCCAGGUUUUAG